ACGAGGUGGUCUGCGCCUUCUCUUCCGGUUGUGUCUUCUUUCACCCUCUCGAGUUGAAACGUCCGAUCUCCACCAUGACCGUCCUCGAUAUACACGAGUCCAGGCUCUCAUCUGAGGCUGUCCUGGCAUUCCUGCGCACUCGACACAGACAGUUCCUCUACGCGGGGCUCACAUCAGCAGUGCUUACUGUGCUGUGGUGUACCCUGCUUUUCCUCCCGGAGACCCGAUAUGGUGCUCAACUAUCAAACGACCUCAGUCUAAAGGCGAUCGGCAAUGAAACCCUCGGCUUCGAGAAAGUAUUCUGCAUCAACCUCCCCAGCAGGACAGAUAAGCGCGAUGCCAUGGUCCUAGGCUCCUCAGUCACGCAGUUCCGCGUGGACUGGAUCGACGGCGUCUCCUCGGACGAUAUGAGUCCGAAGGCCUACCCACCUCGCUUCGACGAAGAAGGACGACCACGAAUGCUCGAUGGGGAAAUCGGCAGCUGGCGCGCCCACAUCAACGCCAUCCAGAAAAUCAUCUCAGACCGAACAUCCAGCGCCCUAAUCCUCGAAGACGACGUCGACUGGGACGUAACGCUCAAGAACCAACUGCACGAAUUCGCCCUAGGCGCGCGCGCCGUGCAAAGCAGCAGCGACAUCAGCAACAGCCUCAAACCCACCCUUCAAGACUCCCCCUACGGCGAGGAAUGGGACAUCCUCUGGCUCGGGCACUGCGGCAUGAAAUGCCAACCCAACGACCCAUUCUACAUCAUCAACAAAGACCCGACCUCGAUCCCAGGGUACAGCCGACCCCAGUACUUCGUCGGGCCGGCCAUCCACGAACUAGUCGACAGCAUCAAACACAACCGACUCAUCUGCAGCUCGGGCAUGGCCGUAUGCUCCAACGCGUACGCGGUGUCCUUCCACGCCGCGCAGAAGAUCCUCGCCGCGGUAUCGGUCUCCCCCUCCGACGAGAGCAUGCCGGCGGGCGAAAGCGUCAUUUUCGACGUCAUGCUAGGCCGGCUCUGCAGUACCAGGUAUCUGAGGUGCAUUUCGUCCUAUCCGUCGAUUAUGGGCAAUUGGAAAGGCGCGGGUUUGAAGUCGAAGGGGUCCGAUAUUCAGUAUAAUUAUGACGGGCCGAAGGAUAAUAAGGUGUAUGAGGAUGCGAAGUUUCAGGGGGUGGUGUAUAGCACGAUGCGGAAUUUGGGGGCGUUGCUGGGGGGCCAGAGGAGGGUGAAGUCGGGGGUGAGGGAUGUGAUGAAGCCUGAGAUCAAUUUGGAUAGGCUGAAGGUUGGGAGGGGGGGGUUGCAUACAAUUGAUUAUCAGGAGAUGGUGUUGAGUAGGUUGUAA